GCCGGUUGGAUUUUACUUCCUCGAUAUCCAGUCAGUGUUGACAGCGCUGCACAAUGAAAUUACUCACUUUAUUAAGUUUAUUCCUAACGUAUUUAGUUACGGACUGCAUUAAUAUUGAGAAUACAGCAGGCCAGUUCUUUAGCAGCGGUCAUACAAACAACUGGGCUGUUCUGGUGUGUACCUCCAGGUUCUGGUUCAACUACCGACAUGUGGCCAAUUCUCUGUCCGUGUACAGGAGCGUAAAGAGGCUGGGCAUCCCUGACAGUCAUAUAGUUCUGAUGCUGGCCGACGACAUGGCUUGUAACCACAGAAAUCCCAAACCAGCCACAGUGUUCAGCCACAAGAACAUGGAGCUGAACGUCUACGGAGACGACGUUGAGGUGGAUUACCGUGGAUACGAGGUGACAGUGGAGAACUUCCUGCGAGUCUUGACUGGACGGCUUCCCCCCAGCACUCCUCGCUCCAAACGCCUCCUGUCUGACGACCGAAGCAACAUCCUCAUAUACCUCACUGGUCACGGUGGGAACGGCUUCCUUAAGUUCCAGGAUUCGGAAGAGAUCAGCAACGUGGAAUUGGCUGAUGCUUUUGAGCAAAUGUGGCAGAAAAGAAGGUACAACGAGCUGCUCUUCAUCAUCGACACCUGUCAGGGCGCCUCCAUGUACGAGAGGUUUUACUCUCCAAACAUCAUGGCUCUGGCCAGCAGUCAGGUCGGGGAAGACUCCCUGUCGCACCAACCGGAUCUGGCCAUAGGAGUCCAUUUAAUGGAUCGCUACACCUUCUACCUGCUGGAGUUCCUGGAGGACAUCCACCCGGCGAGCAAAGCCAACAUGAACGACCUGUUCAAAGUUUGUCCCAAGAGUCAGUGCGUGUCCACUCCGGGUCAUCGGACCGACCUUUUCCAGAGGGAUCCGGAAAGCGUCCUCAUCACAGACUUCUUCGGUAGCGUCCGCAAAGUCGAGAUCACCACUGAAGUGGUGAACUUAACGGACCCCAUUGAGCAAGUGGACGAGAGCCCUGCGAAUGGAGAGGCGCGUGAAGAGAUGUACUCGUACGUGGACCAGCUGCCGGUGUCUGAGAUCAUCCAUCAGAAACCAAAGCAGAAAGACUGGCAUCCUCCUGACGGCUUCAUCCUGGGCCUGUGGACUUUAAUCCUGCUGGUGUUUUUCAAGACCUACGGUGUUAAACAUCUAAAGCACAUCUUCUAAGGAUCCGGCGCAGACGCAGCUGGACGUCCCAGAACCCGGGGAGUCGCUCCUGAAGGGGCAUUUGGGAAGCAGCUGCAGUUUGUGAUGGGCUUUUAUACCUGAAUGUGGGAAGAUGAGCAACAGAAACUACUGAUUUGUAUGAAGCUCCAUAAACUAUUGGUGCCUUUUUUUAUGUUUUAAAGCUGCAAUAUGUAACUUUUAUAAAUAUAUAUAUUUUCCAUCUUUAAUAAAACUGUCACCAUGUCGUGACAGGAUAAGACAGAUAAUCUGUGAAAAGAAAUCUAGUUUUUCCACUGGCUGCAUCAGCUCCUACUGUGGUCUGCAAAAAUGCGCAGUCAAAAACAACCAAUCAGAGGCAGGAGGCGGGUCUUAGUGCUGUCAAUCAUCCUCGUGUAUGCUACUCAAUGUGCUAAGGGUGGAAAUAAUGUUUUUGUUUUUCUGUUACGCGUGUUUUCUAUUCUUACUGAUAUUUGUUUACUUUGGUGAUUAGAUUGUAAAAUGUUAAUCUUAUAUAAAAUUUAUCACUAUUUACCAUCUUUUGUUAUUAUACAAAAAACAAGAUGGUGGAAAACCGUUACCUUACAGGAAAACCAGCAGCUAUGCUAACUAGCCUUAGCAUUCGUGGCAGGUUACGUGUGUUUUGCUAAGCUACAGCUUAGCAUAAAAACAAUUGUCAGGGGUAAACACAAGAGUGAUUGACAGCGCUAGGACCCGCCCCCUGGCUCUGAUUGGUUGUUUGACUGAGCGUUGUAUUUCUG